UUUUGUAAGAGGAAUAAAACACAGUGGAAGUAUCUUCUAGACUACAGGAUGAGUGGGGUUGGUCCUCUGGGGACCUUCCUGGUCCUGAUCAUGAGUCUCAGCCUCAGCAGUGUCAGAAUGGAUAAAAUCUGCAGAGAUCCUAAACAAACACUGUCUGGUCCAUCUGAUCCCUUUGCAGUAGUUCCUGUGUGUGACGGCAGUCCAGGAUACACCCAGAUCACCAGCAUCGAAUUUGUCUCACUUCAGAGUGGUGGUUCAUCCAUGGGAUCUAGUAGCUUCCAAUCUGGAAGCUUAUCAUCAGGUGGAGGAGGAGGAAGCUCCCACCAGUUUGGAAGUUCAUCUUCGGGUGGAGGAGGCUACCAAUCUGGAAGCUCAUCAUCGGGUGGAGGGGGAGGCUCCUACCAAUCUGGAAGCUCAUCAUCAGGUGGAGGAGGCUCCUACCAAUCUGGAAGCUCAUCAUCAGGUGGAGGAGGAAGCUCAUCAUCAGGUGGAGGAGGAGGCUCCUACCAAUCUGGAAGCUCAUCAUCGGGUGGAGGGGGAGGCUCCUACCAAUCUGGAAGUUCAUCUUCGGGUGGAGGAGGAGGCUCCUACCAAUUUGGAAGCUCAUCAUCAGGUGGAGGAGGAGGCUUCCAAUCUGGAAGUUCAUCAUCGGGUGGAGGGGGAGGCUCCUACCAAUCUGGAAGCUUAUCAUCAGGUGGAGGAGGAAGCUCCAUCCAAUUUGGAAGCUCAUCAUCAGGUGGAGGAGGAGGCUUCCAAUCUGGAAGUUCAUCAUCGGGUGGAGGGGGAGGCUCCUACCAAUCUGGAAGCUCAUCAUCGGGUGGAGGGGGAGGCGCCUACCAAUCUGGAAGCUUAUCAUCAGGUGGAGGAGGCUCCUACCAAUUUGGUAGCUCAUCAUCUGGUGGAGGUUCAUCCUAUGUAGCAGUUGGUGGAGGAGCUCAAGGAGGCCAGCCUGGUGGUGCAUCAGGAGGAAGCUCUGUCAUACUUGGAGUAAUUAAUAAAAACCCUCCAGUUAGAGGUAGUGGACAUGGAGGAGGUGGAGCAGGAGCUGGUGGUGGAUUUGGAGGAGGUGGAACAGGAGUAGGUGGUGGUGGAUUUGGAGGAGGUGGAGCAGGAGCUGGUGGUGGAUUUGGAGGAGGUGGAACAGGAGUAGGUGGUGGUGGAUUUGGAGGAGGUGGAGCAGGAGCUGGUGGUGGAUUUGGAGGAGGUGGAGCAGGAGUAGGUGGUGGAUUUGGAGGAGGCAGUGCUGGUGGAUAUGCAGGACAACAAGUGGGACAACAAAGCUCUGGCAGCUUUGGGAGUGGCCUUUCUAAUCAACUUAUCCUGCCAGGAGGAAAAACACUUGAUGACAUUCCAGUGUCUCCCGGAUGUAAAAACAAACCAGGUGGUAACAUUCAUGACCAGGGUAGACCUGGAGGAGGGGGAGGCGGCUCACAGUUUCAAGGACAAGGAUCUCAAGGACAAGAUUCAGUCUUUUUUGGAGCUAUCAACAAUCCACAAGGAGGAGGAGGGAGCAGUGGUGGUAGUAGCUUUUCCUCCAGUUAUUCACAGAGUCAAGGUCAAGGACAGAGUCAAGGGCAAGGUUCAAUCUUGUAUGGAUCUAUCAACAAUCAACAACCACCAAGAGGUGGAGGUGGGUCAGCAGGAGGCGGAAGCAACGUGGGUGGAAGCUCUUCCUCAAGUUAUUUUCAGAGUCAAGGACAGAGUCAAGGGCAAGGUUCAAUCAUUUAUGGGUCUAUCAACAAUCAACAACCACCAAGAGGUGGAGGUGGAUCAGCAGGAGGCGGAAGCAGCGUGGGUGGAAGCUCUUCCUCAGGUUAUUCUCAAAAUCAAGGACAGAGUCAAGGGCAAGGUUCAAUCAUUUAUGGAGCAAUCAACAAUCCUCCCAGAGGUGGGGGUGGGUCAGCAGGAGGAUCCAUUUCUAGCGGUGGAACUGGGUCAUCUUCAGGUUCUUCACAUUCAGGAGCAAAAUUUCCCAAUUCUGGCCGGUAGACUCAUAAUGGAAAUGAAGAAACGAAUUGAAAAGGGCAAUUUUGAAAUAUGCCACAGACAUUAUAUCUACACCGUUUCUCUGUUUUACCAGAUCUUGUUUUUCAGCUGUUUUUGGCCCUCUGAAAAAAAGCACUUCAAAAGAAAGCUGUAAUCCAUCC